AUGCAAAAGGAGGAACGCGUCGCCGACAUGGAGGAACGCGGAUUCGCCUCCCACAGUGUCAUAGAUGGUGAGUCAUCUUGCAGUGAUGCACCUACUUCCGGGCAUAUAUAA